CUCCCCCUCCCACUCUGUAUAUUAAUCCACAUUUCUCGCUCUCCUCCCCUGCACCCCUCUCCUUCCCUCCUUGCGAACCCGUCCCAUCUCCCCCUCCCGGGUUCGCCUCGCCGUGAAUUCCCUCCACCUCCGCCCCCCUCGCCGUCGAAACCUCCCGAUUGCAAAAUGAGAGAAAUCCUUCACAUCCAAGGUGGACAAUGUGGUAACCAGAUCGGAUCCAAGUUCUGGGAGGUUGUCUGCGAUGAGCACGGGAUUGAUCCCACUGGACGUUAUACCGGUACCACUGAUGUCCAGCUUGAGCGGGUUAAUGUCUACUACAAUGAGGCUUCGUGUGGGCGAUUUGUUCCUCGUGCCGUGCUUAUGGAUCUGGAACCUGGGACCAUGGACAGUGUGAGGACUGGUCCUUAUGGCCAGAUCUUCAGGCCUGACAACUUUGUGUUCGGGCAGUCUGGUGCUGGGAACAACUGGGCUAAGGGUCACUACACCGAGGGUGCAGAGCUCAUUGAUUCCGUCCUUGAUGUUGUGAGGAAGGAGGCUGAGAACUGUGACUGUCUUCAAGGUUUUCAAGUAUGCCACUCACUUGGUGGUGGAACGGGUUCCGGAAUGGGAACCCUCUUAAUCUCAAAGAUCAGAGAAGAGUACCCAGACAGGAUGAUGCUUACUUUCUCAGUGUUCCCAUCACCCAAGGUCUCAGACACCGUGGUUGAGCCGUACAAUGCCACCCUUUCAGUCCACCAACUCGUGGAAAAUGCCGAUGAGUGCAUGGUGUUGGACAAUGAAGCUCUGUACGAUAUCUGUUUCAGGACCCUCAAGUUAACCACCCCUAGCUUUGGUGAUCUCAACCACUUGAUCUCUGCAACCAUGAGUGGGGUCACCUGCUGCCUGAGGUUCCCGGGCCAGCUGAACUCUGAUCUUAGGAAGCUUGCGGUUAACCUCAUCCCCUUCCCCCGUCUCCAUUUCUUCAUGGUUGGCUUCGCCCCACUGACGUCCCGCGGGUCUCAGCAGUACCGGGCCCUCACAGUCCCGGAGCUGACCCAGCAGAUGUGGGAUUCCAAGAACAUGAUGUGUGCUGCUGACCCACGCCACGGGCGUUACCUCACUGCUUCUGCCAUGUUCCGUGGCAAGAUGAGCACGAAGGAGGUCGAUGAGCAGAUGAUCAAUGUCCAGAACAAGAACUCCUCCUACUUUGUCGAGUGGAUCCCGAACAAUGUUAAGUCCAGUGUCUGUGACAUUGCUCCGAAGGGUCUGUCCAUGGCUUCCACCUUCAUCGGGAACUCCACCUCGAUCCAGGAGAUGUUCAGGAGGGUGAGCGAGCAGUUCACUGCCAUGUUCAGGAGGAAGGCUUUCUUGCACUGGUACACCGGUGAGGGAAUGGACGAAAUGGAGUUCACUGAGGCCGAGAGCAACAUGAACGACCUCGUCUCGGAGUAUCAGCAGUACCAGGACGCCACCGCCGAUGACGAGCUCGAGUACGAGGAGGAAGAGGAAGCCGAGCACGACAUGUAAUGCGACAUCGAGAACAAGAAGAAAAAGCCUCAUAUUUCCGUUCAGCUAUCCGGUUUUCGCAGAUUCGGGGGAGUCCGAGAGAUGUGCCUAUUAUUUUCAGACUUUUUCUUUACUACUGUUACCGGGGAAGUUCGUGUGGUCAGUAUCGUGUGGUAUAUGUGAAAUCUGUUUGAUCAUGAUGAGUUCACCUUCACAAUGCAAGAUCAUUAUUACUUCUAUUACGAAAUUA